GUGGAAAUGUGGGGCGGACAAUGGAGGGGGCAGAGCGGAGGUGCCAGGACUGCAGGGCGGCCGUGAGAUGCCACACACCUGCCCUUACCUGGAGGAGGAUGUAGAAGGAAAUGAGCCAGCCGCCGCCGCUAAGCCUGUGGCUCGACAUACGCAAAGACAUGAAGCUAAACGAGAGGAACUUGGUGUAUUAUGCCAACUGCAACUCACCCAUAGACAAAAGUGGCUUCCUGUACAAGAAGGGGGAACGCAAUGCCUCCUACCACAGGCGUUGGUUUGUGCUGAAGGGGAACAUGCUCUUUUACUAUGACAAUCAGGAAAGUCGGGAACCGGUGGGAGUUAUUAUACUGGAGGGCUGCAGGGUGGAGCUGUGCGAGUCUACAGAAGAGUAUGCAUUUGCAAUUCGAUUUGGUUAUUCCAAAUCUCGUGCCUAUAUUCUUGCUGCAGAUAGCCACAGUACUAUGGAGUCCUGGGUAAAGGCUCUUUCCAGGGCAAACUUUGAAUACAUCAGGCUUGUGGUGAAAGAACUGCAACAGCAGCUCAUGGAAGUGCAUAAAGGCCAGGCCUCUUCUAGCGGGCCUCCUGCUGCUGCCGAUAGGAGUCCUUCUCUCCACAGGCCGGCUUUGCCUUGCAGCCAGGAGAGGUCAGUUAUAAAGGACAACGGCUGUGCUCCAUGGAGUAACCGUGCGGCUGACCUGCCAAAUGGCCUUACCUAUACCAAUGGGCCACACUACAAAGAUGCAACAUGGCUGUUGGAUGGAAACUCAGUCCAACACCAGUCCUUGGCAUCUGAGCAAACUCAGCAAGUUGGUACAAGUGAACCGUAUGACUCUGAUGAGGCGGCCGAAGUCCGGUACAGCUUCGCAAAGCUUCAUGAUUUCUUUGGGGAAGAAAUUAAGCAACUCCGAGCACAGUGGAAGAGAAGUUUCCAGGAAAAGCCUGGACUGGGAGAUUCUGAGUAAGAGCUGGAUCUUUCAUGUCAAGACUUUAGACAUAAAACAAUCAUCUUAAAAUUCCUUUGCUCCUCACAAGGAGCCAUUCUGUUUACUGCCACGACUGAGAGCUGAUUGUUCUCUUUUUAGCCUUUUUUUUGUGCGCAAAAUACAGGGCAGAUGGUUACAAGAUCUGCACUACCAAAGUGCCACUUUACACUUCUGAUGGUUUUCAGGGUGUUUUCACUUCAGUAACAUCACCAAGAAGAAGGCAUUGAGAAUUAAAUGUGACUUUUUAUGUGUCCAAAUAUUGUUUUAAAAGAUGGUGAAAUCUGCCACACUCAUUAGCACAAUAAUCUUUUAUAUAUUUUAUUAUCCUGCUGUAAAAGAUACGGUUUACUAUGACUUUUAUCUAUAUAUUCUAUCGGAGCCAGGUAUCCAAAGCGCCUAGAAAUAUGCAACUGUUGCUGUUCCUUUACUAGUGAUGUCCAUGGGGGUCGUUAUAUUUUUGGCUUCUUAAAAAUAAGCUGGUAAAAAAACUCUACAGCAGGGGUGAGCAACCUCUGGAACACUGGAACUGUUGUAAGACUACGACUCCCACCAUGCACCGUUCCAAGAACAGUCAAAGUUCUUGGAACUUUAAAGAGGUUUUCUGGGAGUUUUUUUUAGUCCUCUGGAUAGGUCAGUAUCUCAUCGGUGGGCGUCUGACACCCGGGACCCCCCCGAUCAGCUGUUUGAGAAGGCAGUGGUGCUCACAGUAGUGUUGCAGCCUUCUACCUGGUCACCAAGCACAGUUUUACAUUGUAUAGUGGCUGUACUUGGUAUUGUAGCUCAGCCUCAUUCACUGCAAUGGGGCUGAGCUGCACCUAGGCCAGUAAUGGCUAACCUCUGGCACUCCAGCUGUGGUGAAACUACGACUCCCAGCAUUCCCCGUUCAUUUCUAUGGAGUUCCAAAAACAGCCAAGCAAGAGUGCAUGCUGGAACUUGUAGUUUUACCACAGCUAGAGUGCCGGAGGUUAGCCAUCACGGACCUAGGCCAUGUGACCGAAGAACAUGAUGUCACUGGCCUAGGCAAAGCUGGAGGAAGUUGCGGAGCUACUGAGAGCGCCACUGCCUUCUGAAACAGUUAAUCGGCAGGGGUCCCGGGUGAUGGUACCCCACCGAUAAGAUACUGAUGACCUAUGCAAAGGAAACCCUCUUUAAGCAUGUUUGCAUGCUGGGAGUUAUAGUUUGACAAAAGCUGGAGUGGCAGAAGUUGCUGAUCCAUGCUCUACAGAAUCCUUUGGUCUCUGCCCAAGAGCAUUAAAUGAAGCUGUUAGGAUUGUGGUGGUGACUAGGAUGUCUAUCUAUGACAUGUUUAAAUCACAUUGGCAGUGCCUAACACUCUGCCUAAACGCCCCCUGCCAUUCAUAGAAAGUGCCUUCCUCAUAAUAUAUAAGCACAAUGGCAGCAUCUUUCUGUAUUAAAAAUAUUAGAACAACAUAAAAUCAUCUCCCUUCCGUUAAUCUUCUCCAUAGGGAAGAUGCUGGUUAAUGGGAAGCACGUGCUUUUCUGUUACACAUCUGUGGCUUCUAUGAUUUCAUUGAAUGUGCUGACUCACAGCAAACGGUUGUAUAUUUCUCUAUUUUCAGCAGGGCGGAGAGUUGUAUUUCAUCUGCUGGUUCAUUAUCUCCUUUCC